UUAAUUGUGUUGACGUCAGCUCAAGUGAAAGAAGGAAGCAAAGCGCUCAGUGUGGAGCCGCCAGUAAAAGUGGUUGUAGCGACAGCUUGGGAAAGCUCAUAGAUAGUACAGUGUGACCGACUCUCCCGCUCAGUGGCAAAAUACAGUGCAUUUGAUUGAAUAGGUAUAUAUACAUUGGAUAGAGAGGAAUAACGUUGCUUUUUUGACUAUGGCUGAUGUCACGCAAUUCAACGAGGGGACCGGGGACUUCGCGAAAGGGUUCGCUCGUAAAGGAGCUUUGAGGCAGAAGAACGUCCAUGAAGUGAAGGACCACAAAUUCACUGCGAGGUUCUUCAAGCAGCCGACUUUUUGUAGCCACUGCACCGACUUUAUCUGGGGAUUUGGAAAGCAAGGAUUCCAGUGUCAAGUUUGCUGUUUCGUGGUCCACAAGAGGUGCCAUGAGUUUGUCACGUUCUGCUGCCCCGGUGCGGAUAAGGGUCCCGACACAGACGACCCCAGAACCAAGCACAAGUUUAAGAUCCACACCUAUGGCAGCCCCACCUUCUGCGACCACUGUGGCUCUCUCCUGUAUGGUCUCAUCCACCAGGGGAUGAAGUGUGACACCUGCGACAUGAACGUGCACAAUCAGUGUGUGAUGAACGUGCCCAGCAUGUGUGGGACGGACCACACCGAGAGGAGGGGACGCCUCUACCUGAAGUGUGAGGUCACAGAGGACAAGCUGCAGGUCACAGUGGGCGAAGGUCGAAAUCUGAUCCCCAUGGACCCCAACGGCUCGUCUGACCCUUACGUCAAGCUCAAGCUCAUCCCAGACCCCAAGAAUGAGACCAAGAAGAAGACCAAGACCAUCCUCGCCAACCUCAACCCCACCUGGAAUGAAUCCUUUACAUUCAAGCUGAAGGCUACAGAUAAGGACCGCAGGCUCUCUGUGGAGGUGUGGGACUGGGACCGGACUACCAGGAACGACUUCAUGGGCUCCCUGUCCUUCGGCGUGUCAGAGCUCAUCAAAUCUCCUGUGUGUGGCUGGUACAAGAUGUUGAACCAAGAGGAGGGCGAGUUCUACAACGUGCCCAUCUCAGAGGAGGAUGACGGGAACGAGGAGCUCAGACAGAAGUUUGAGGAUUGCCAAAUUAACUAUCACUUCCUAAAGAAAGCCAAGCUGGGCCCUGGUACUAAGAAGGUGAUCUCCCCGUCAGAUGACAGCACGUCUAAUCUGCCCUCUAACAACCUGGACUCUGUCAAACUCACCGACUUCAACUUCCUGGCCGUGCUGGGGAAAGGCAGCUUCGGCAAGGUGAUUCUGGCAGAGAUGAAGCCCACAGAUGAUCUGUACGCCAUCAAGAUCCUGAAGAAGGACGUGGUGAUCCAGGAUGAUGAUGUGGAGUGUACCAUGAUAGAGAAGAGAGUCCUGGCCCAGCAGGACAAACCACCCUUCCUCACUUCACUCCACUCCUGCUUCCAGACCGUGGACCGGCUGUACUUUGUCAUGGAGUACGUGACUGGAGGAGACCUCAUGUACCACAUCCAACAAGCGGGCAAGUUCAAAGAGCCACAGGCAGUGUUCUAUGCAGCAGAGAUCUCUGUUGGCCUGUCCUUCCUGCACAAGAAAGGAGUCAUUUACAGGGAUCUGAAGCUGGACAACGUGAUGCUGGACUCGGAGGGACACAUUAAGAUCGCUGACUUUGGCAUGUGUAAAGAGAACAUAUACGAGGGAGUGACCACUCGCACCUUCUGUGGGACGCCCGACUACAUCGCCCCAGAGAUUAUUGCAUAUCAGCCAUAUGGGCUAUCAGUGGAUUGGUGGGCAUACGGAGUGCUGCUCUACGAAAUGUUGGCAGGACAGCCCCCGUUUGAUGGUGAGGACGAGGACGAGCUCUUCCAGUCCAUCAUGGAGCACAACGUGUCGUACCCCAAGCAAAUGUCCAAAGAGGCCGUGUCCAUCUGCAAAGGGCUGAUGACCAAACACCCGUCGAAGCGUCUGGGCUGCGGCCCCGAGGGAGAGAGGGACAUCCAGGAGCACGCCUUCUUCAGACGCAUCGACUGGGAACGCCUCCAGAACCGCGAGAUCCAGCCCCCCUUCAAGCCCAAAGGGUGCGGCAAAGGGGCGGAGAACUUCGACAAGUUCUUCACGCGCACCCAGCCCCAGCUCACGCCUCCCGACCAGCUGGUCAUCGCCAACAUCGACCAAGCCGACUUCUCAGGCUUCUCCUUCAUCAACCCCCAGUUCGUGCACCCCUCCCUGGUCGCCCUGCACACUGUAUGAGGAGGAGGGGGGGGGGGGGGGGGGCACGGGCCCCCUUCCUACCUCUGCUACCUACCUAGCACUAACCCUCCACCAACUGCAGCCUCUUCAAGCCAAACUCCCAAUCACCAAAACUGGUCCAACUCUACAACAACAACACAGACCCUGAUAUCGACCGCCAUUUUGAGUUCCUCUAUCAAUGUAUUAAAGAUGUGUCCUCUAGGAACUGGACUUGGGGCUCUGAGUGAGAGGAGUUGGUGAGUGGAAGUGCUGUGUGUUAAUGGUGAGGGGGAGGGUGAAGGUUUGAGGAAGGAGGUCUAUGUAGGGUUGAUGUACUUUCCCACCCACCCGUUGUGUUUGUAUUCGAAUGGGCAAUUAUUUGAAAUCAACUCCUAUUGAAAUGAAUCAUGAUAGAUAUUGAAAUGAAUCUUGAUAGAUAUUGAAAUGAAUCUUGAUAGAUAUUGAGAUGACUGACCUGUUGUUUUGAAUGUGUGGGACAAAACCCAUGAAACUAUGCCAGUUUUUUUUCUGAUUCUAGAGCGAAGGGUUAACUUCUUGUUAAACCCUGUACUGGCGAUACUAGUCUUCAUUGAAACCCAAGGCAACUACAAACACAAUCUCUUGUUUUGAGCUAUUGGGUCAGAGCCAAAUAUGUGGUCAGUACAGGGAGACUAUGUUUACAGUUUUACCUUGUCUUGGUAAGAUUUUAUUUCAAUAUGCGUCAUUACAGGUGCCCCUAUGUUCCAAUGUAUAUCAAAUAAUACACACCCAGUACGAAUAUCAUGACACACUAACAAUAACACGCACAUACAGAUGUAGGAUCUUAAUUUGAUCACCCUAUUGCAGGAAAACUUUCCUGCAUUGCAAACUAAAAUGUGCAAUGUGUUUGAGAUUUAAAAAGGCUUCUGAAGUUUGUAAUUUUCCCAUACGAAAAAUGUAUCAACCCCUAAAAAGAAAAAAGGCCAAUAAUUAUAAUACGCAUAAUAACUCACAUUUCCUGAAGCCGCAAGGAUUAUUUUCCUGCUGUAGCAAACUGGCUCAAAUUAAGAUCAUACAUCUGUACACACACCAUUACAUUUACAGGUUGUAUGGUUAUCUUGUCAUUAGGUUUACAACUGUGAGUGGACAGUGAGACGGAACGCAGUAGAAGUUGUGGUUAGAUGAAGUAGGCAGUGCAACAGUCCCAUCUUCUUUAAACACCUACACAAGAAUCACAGGGCAACAGAAGUAUAAAGGUGGUCUAUCCAAAACCAAAUCGUGAUACAGUAACACUACUUUGUGACAACCUUCUGCCCACUUAUCAAAAAGGCCCUCGAUGGCUAUGAUUCUCUUUGACCUGAAGAAGUCCUUCAAAGUGAACUUCCUGCGGGAAAUUUCUUGAGGAUUUAGGAAGUAAAUGACCUAAAACUCCGUUUUUUUUGCUUGAGAGGUAGCGACUGAAUUAAAUUGAUGUCGAGUUAUUGUUUGCUUACUCUAUGAACCGUGCAAUAUUAUAUUGCAUGCUUAUACCCUUAUACAUGAAUAUAACACCAUUCUAACACUGACUAGAGUAUCACGUUAUUAAAAUGUUUAGUUCCCUUUUCUGCUUUUAUGUGAUGUCCUGCAUCCCCCCCCAAUUAGUUCUAAUUAAUAUUUUAAUGUAACACAUACCAGUGUAUUAACUCUUUUGUAAAUAUUAAUGAGCUAUUUAAAAAAAAAAAAGUAUAGUAUCCCGCAGAUUUUAUACCAACAACUGAAUGUGAUUUUAUUACGUUAGAUAGGUUAACAUAUGUCUAUGUAAAAAAUAAAGUAUCCCCCGAAAUAUCAACUUUGUAACAAUUAGGUGACAAAGUCUUUAAUAGAGUCGGUCGGGAUCCGCAAACCGAGAGGAACAUCUGGAGGACAUUUGCAGAUAUUAUCAAAGGUUUUCCGAUUGUCUCUCGUCUCCAUCGCACAUAUCCGAUGUCCUUGAAUGCGAUCGCUGAGUGAGUUGACUGAAUGUGUGCCUGGCUCUUGUAUCUGCAUGUUGUUGGUAAGGAUUAAAAAAAUAACAUAUUGAUAUAAAUGCUGCAUGAUAUUCAGUACCAGUAACCAGGCCCCUGGUUGGACAGCAAGGAGUCUCCGCCCAAACACAGAUCCAAGAUCAGCUGAACCUACCCUAAUCCUAGCCAUUCACAAUUAGGAGACUAUGGGCAAAUCUGACUCCAGAUAUGCUGUUAGGGGAACUCCUAAACACGUCUCUGUACUAGACCAGCGGGACAACUUGCUCUCUAGUGUCUCAAUGAAGGGGUUUUGUUUCUUCUUAUCGUUAGUGUUGUUUGUUCGUAUAAAAAGAAAAUACAAUUUACAUUAUUUUUAUUGUCGUCGUCUUUUUGUUUGGUUAUAGAUUCUGCUCAAGUAAUUCAGGAAUGUUUUGCAGAAUAAUCACCAUAGCAAUGAAUAUCUUAACAUCUAACUGUUGCUAGAUUUAUACAAUUCCCUCGACUUUUGCUCCUGUAAACCUUUUCCUAACCUCGUAACUGUGCCAAACCUGAAACAGCCAGAACCCGACAAUAGCAGCGUUGCACUAGCUGUAGUCAUACCAAUGACCCGUCAUUACCGAAGUCUUGUCAAUACCGAAGUCUGGUCAAUACCGAUGUGUUGUCUAUACACACCGUUUUUUCAAUACCGAUGUGUUGUCUAUACAGAUGUCUCUUCCUGGUAGACUCUUAGUGGUUAGUCCAAGAGAGCGUGCCAACGCCACAUUUCACAACGUCUUGCCGACCCAUGUGCUUCUCGCUAAAAAUAUGUAGCUAAGGGAUUGCUAAUUCAAAUAAUGUCGACAUGGUUCUGAUGCCAGUCAAUCCGGCAGUCGUUUCUUGUAGGUUUUUUUUAUGUCACGUUAGUAGCCUACACCUCUGUUGGAGUUUAUCUUUAUACUUUAUAGCCGGACAGCAGUAUGACCCUUCUGCAAUACCAUGCCUGCUUACACCUUACCUUACCUCCCUGUGCCUAUCAGUCAGAGUGUGUGUGUUUACAUGUGUGUGUGAGAGAGAGAGGAGGAAGGAAGGAAACCAUAAAUGAGUGGUUGAUGAGUGAAUAAAUGAGUGAGUGUGUGGAUGAGUGAAUAAUUGAUCAGUGAACAACCCUGUUCCUCAUCCUAUUGGCCUGUUAAACCCCCUGUCUGGGUAGCUCAUCUCCUCUGUCCAUCCUUCCAUGCCUCCCCCCUUUCUCAGUGCCUGGGCAAUCGAUCCAUUCUCUUAUUGACAAAGCCCUCAUCCCUUCUCCUUCAAGAUCCAAUCAGUUCAUGAAUGCAGUUUUGUCCGAGAAACUCACCUCUACAGGCUGACACCAACCUGCCCUCUUUGCCCCUUCCCAUCCUCCUAAAACUCACUGGGGAAAGAAUUGGCCAAAUGUGUUCUUUUUCACCUUCGUUUACAUCCUGCUUUAUAUUUUCCUUUGCCUUAGCUCCUACGUUGUGCAUCCCAAAUGGCACCCUACUCCCUAUAUAUUGCACUACUUUUGACCAUAGGCCCUGGUCAAAAGUAGUGCGCUAUAUAGGGAAUAGGGUGCCAUUUGAGAAACAGACAGACUCUAACCUCUCCCCCAUUUUCUGUUGAUUCAUGUCCAAACCAAGCGCUUCUUCUGUCCAUGUACAUAAUGAUUUAGAUAUCUACAUAGACUUGUAAAAGAAAGAAUAUAUUGUAUUUUGCAAAUGGCUUAUGUCUGUUCUCCCCAAAACCCUUUGAAAGCGAGUCUGAGCUACUUACCUUGUAAUCAACAGUGUCAUUUGUACCUACUGUAUGAUAAUGCAAAUAAAAAAUCUAAAUAAUG